GCUCGGCUCGGUAUCGCUGCUACCGCCGCGGUGCAUGUUUCCAUGUUGUUUGGUGCAUGAUUUAGAGGAGAAGUUGGCAGCGGCUAGUGUCAGCGGUAGGGAGCGGGGAUCCGCGCUGCCAGCGGCCCUACCUCUUUCUCCUCGCCGCUGUGUAGUACCGAGGCAGCUGCCUACGCCCGCCCUGCGGCGCCGGGCGGGACUCCCGGGCAGAGAGCGACUGUGCCCCCUGGGCCGGUGCGGCGGCGGGGUGCGUGUGUGAGAGUGUGCGUGCGAUUUUAGGGGGGUGGGGGUUGUGUCUGAACCAGUUAGGAAGAAUGACUCUGGAGUCCAUCAUGGCGUGCUGCCUGAGUGAGGAAGCCAAGGAAGCCCGGCGGAUCAACGACGAGAUCGAGCGGCAGCUGCGUCGGGACAAGCGGGACGCCCGCCGGGAGCUGAAGCUGCUGCUGCUGGGGACAGGAGAGAGUGGCAAAAGCACAUUUAUCAAGCAGAUGAGAAUCAUUCAUGGAUCAGGUUACUCUGAUGAAGACAAAAGAGGCUUUACAAAACUGGUGUACCAGAAUAUAUUUACAGCAAUGCAGGCCAUGAUCAGAGCCAUGGAUACCCUCAAAAUCCCAUACAAGCAUGAACAUAACAAGGCUCAUGCACAGUUAGUUCGAGAAGUCGAUGUAGAGAAGGUGUCAACUUUUGAGAAUCCCUAUGUAGAUGCAAUAAGAAGCUUAUGGAGUGACCCUGGAAUUCAGGAGUGUUAUGAUAGACGACGGGAGUAUCAGUUGUCAGAUUCAACUAAAUACUAUCUUAAUGACCUGGACCGCAUAGCAGAUUCCACCUACCUGCCAACUCAGCAAGAUGUGCUCAGAGUUCGAGUCCCAACAACAGGGAUCAUUGAAUAUCCAUUCGACUUACAAAGUGUCAUUUUCAGAAUGGUGGAUGUAGGAGGCCAACGAUCAGAAAGAAGAAAAUGGAUACAUUGCUUUGAAAACGUCACAUCUAUCAUGUUCCUAGUAGCUCUUAGUGAAUAUGACCAAGUGCUUGUGGAGUCAGAUAAUGAGAAUCGAAUGGAAGAAAGCAAAGCACUCUUUAGGACAAUUAUCACAUAUCCAUGGUUCCAGAACUCUUCAGUCAUUCUGUUCUUAAAUAAAAAAGAUCUCUUAGAGGAGAAAAUUAUGUACUCCCACCUAGUUGAUUAUUUUCCAGAGUAUGAUGGACCACAGCGGGAUGCACAAGCGGCACGAGAGUUCAUCCUGAAGAUGUUUGUAGACCUGAACCCAGACAGUGACAAAAUUAUAUACUCCCACUUCACAUGUGCUACAGACACAGAGAAUAUCCGCUUCGUCUUUGCUGCUGUCAAGGACACAAUCCUACAGUUAAACCUGAAGGAGUACAACCUGGUCUAACUGUGUCUAGGAGGCCCUUCGAAACUACGUUUGUGUGAUUGAACAUACACAAGAGGGACUGUAUUAUCUGUGAACACAAUUUGCAUAAUACUAAUUUAUUGCCGGCCUGGACUCUGUGAAUGUCCACAGAGUUUGUAGUUAAUAUUAUGAUUUUAAUUUAAACUAUAUGGAGGAAAAACAAAAGAUGCUGAAGUACAUUCACAGCACAUUCCUCAUUUUUUAGGCAAAAACUUGUGACUCAAUGUGUUUUAAAUUCUCGGUCAUACAUUACAAAGGUUAGCAGGUUUUGCUAAUGAAGCAAAAUCAAGCUGGUUUCCUCUUCCCCUGACCCUUUCUCUCUCCCUCUUUCCCUCUUAUCUUUUACAAGGUACAGUGGCCUUUUUUUUCCCUGCAUUCCUGGGUGGAAUAUUUUCUGUUGAAUUAUUUGGUCAGGAAAAUACUAUCAUAUGAAUUGAAAUCAUCAGUCAUUCUAAUUUUAUAGUAUGUACUUUAUCUGAAGGAUCAAAAGUAUUGAUACUGUGAUUUUUAAAUUCUUGACAGGGAUGUCUUAAUUCUGUCUUCAGUUUUGGGACUAGAAUAUUUGAAUUGCAAAAUAGAACUACAGUUAUCUAAGACAAUAAAUGUAACCAUAUUUUCACAGUUCAGAAAGAUGCAUAGAAAACAGUAAUGACAUAAUUAAGACACACCUGGGAUUUAUAUGUGUAGUAUGUUAGAAUCUUUUUGUUUGCCAUGUGCCAUUUCUUUUUCUUCUUUGAUUCAUAAAUGCCAAAUAGAAAUGUAGACACUACAUCUUCCCCAGUGGCUACAGCCUGAAACAGUGGGGUUUUUUGUUUUUUGUUUUUUCAGUUGUGUGGGGUUUUUUUCUUAAGUUAGAGCUUUUUUAAGUGUUCUUUUUCCACAAUAGAAAAAAUAUUUUUAUUGUAUAAGAUUAAUAUUGCCAGAUCUGGUGUUUUAUAAAAACAAUACUCUUGAAACAUAAGAUACAGAUUGAAAUGCCAAACUGAUGGGUUGGGAACUGACCUGAUUGAGUCAACUGCCAAAUGAUAAACAAACAUAGUCUCAGCUCUCAUGUUCCCUUUUUCAGAAAUUGUUCUAUUUUCUAAUGCCAAAACCAACAGUGUGAGGGAACAUGCUACAAGGUGCAUCAUGCACAUGCAUGUGGUCUGCUAAUUUAAAGACAGUUUAAAUCCUUAUGUCAGGUAUGGCAUGAGAUUACUUUAUUUAAUAAUAUCAAGGCACCUUUAGUUGGAUAACAAGAAAUCACUGAUGAGAAAUAACAUUCAGGAACCUUUCUCAAUAAGGUUGAGUGUUAACUAACUGAUUUACAGACAUUUGAUAGGCUUUCAUGCAAAAUAGCCUUUCUCAACAUUCUUUAGAAAAGAUUUAUUAAUGUAAAUGAAACAAAAUCAUUCUUGAAAUUUAAAUGUGCAAUUUCCUUAACAACAAAAAAUGCAGCACACAGUGAUGAUCCUUUAUUCUGCAGCUUAGAUUGAAAGGUAUUUUUUUGACCAGGUGCACGAUUGCUAGCAAGCAAUAGAAAACUCGAAGCUCAGACAUAUAAUUGGGUUGAUUAUCUGCAAUGACAAGUAGCACUAGAGUGCACUUAACACAGAAGUUGCUGCCUCAUAGCAGCAGAUGGGAGGUGGAAAAAAGAAUGGCUUAUUAAUCAAUCACCAAAGUUGAACAAUAAAUACUAAUAAGACCUUUUUUAAUCCUUAAUCCUCCCAAAUCUAAACCAACAAUAAUAAGAACAGUUGUUAAUUUUUGCUCCCUCUUAAAACACCUUGUAAUUUAAAACUGGUUGUAGGUAUAGUGCAAUUAUGAAUGCUAUAAUCAUUGUACAUACAUCUAUAUAUAUAUAUAUGGUGGCAUCCAUAUUGGCUUUGUGAUCAUUAAUUUUCGGCAAAUUGAAUGUGCUGUAUUGAUAUGUAUCUAUUGUAUUGUAUGUCUUAUAGCUAAUUCACAUUUUAAAUAAUGUUAUUUUAUUUACUUUUUUAAGAGAGAAUAAUGUAAAUUUUGUCAGUUUAUUUCUGACUAGGGAUUUGUUGUUGUUUUUUAUUUACAAAAAAAAAAUUACUAUUGUAGAGAGUGGUACUAGCAUCGUGCUGUAUAAAAUCAUUUGCACAUUCCUGAGUAGAACUAAAUGGGAGACACCAAGUCAGAGGCCAUUUGCGUUCAGAAUAAUGCUUAAAUCCUGUCAGGGCUUUAUAUAGAUGUAGAAACCAGUCUUACUAGAACUUUUGUUGUUAUGUCUAGGAUUGGAGCAUAAAAUUUUAGAUAUAAAUUUAAUUUCUAUUCAGCAGAUUCACAUUAGUUUAUUUUUACUUUUCUAAUCAGCUUUAUAGAAAAGUAAAUUUAGAGGUAUUUCAAAAUCAUUGUACAGUAGUACUAAUGAGUGUAUUCUGUUACCCAAAAAAUAUAAUGAAAAAAUACAUCAACAAUCAAACAGUCUUUUCAGAAACUGCAGAAAACUUAAAUACAACAACACCCAGGAAGUCACUGUUGUUAAUGAUUUUAAUGAGUUUAAUCAUUUUACUUAAUAAAGCUAAAGCAGGUAUAGCUAGGUAAUAAAAAAUGACACUGACAUUCUGAAUAGGGGAUCAGAGCAGUGACUCUACAUAUACAGCAUAACAAAAUUGAUCCUGAUCUUGCUAUAAAUACAACAGAGUUUCUGUUCGCACAGUUCCACUGUUGACAAUACCCCUUCUUUUAAUUCAGGAAUACAUUGUCCAUGCUGGGCUUAGUGCUAUAAAUGGAACUGUAGCCAAAAAAGAAAAAAAAAAAAAAAACAACAAACACACACAGAACACCCAACCCAGACAAACAAAAAACCCCAGACAGUGGUGUCUUACUAAAGUUGGGGUUUGUUUGGGGAUUUUUAGUUUGUUUUGGUUUGUUAUGGGAUAUUGGGUGAGGGAGAAGGAAAUGUGGUUCUAAGUUUUGUAUAAAAGCAAAACAGAAGUUUACUCAUGCUUUGUAGUUACAUUGUGAUUGCAAAAGUUUUUAAGAGUGUGUGCCACUGGGCUACUUAUGGUAUGUUUUAGAUAAGUCAAAUCUGUAGCAAUGUUUAGAUCAUUUGAGUAUGUUCUGGAAGAAAAGAAAAAAAAACCCAACAAAAAACCCCACAAAAAACCAAAUAGGCAAGCUUUACAUAACUCACCUAACACAGCAUUACAGUGUGACAGUUUACAAAAACAUUUCCUUUUUAAACCACGCAGCUGGUCCCACCUGCAGUGUAUUCAGUUGUGGUAGUGGUGCUGCUGUUUUAAUUGGUGGUUUCUACUAUGCCUUACAGUACUUGAGUCCAGAAGUUUGUGCCUCUAAUAUGAAGCUAAGGCAGAAAUAUCGAGACAGAAACCCUUUUAACUUUGCCAAAAUUAAGUGAUUUCUUUGAAUGUCAUAUAUGGGGGAGAAGGAAAACGUCUUGGGAACCUGUGUAUUCUAGAUGUUUGCUAGCACAAGAAAGUUGUAAUACGUGUUUUACAGAAACUUUGAACUUGCCUUUUUCACAAAUUAACUGUCACUGUCCUUGCAUAUGUAGGAUGAUGCAGCUAUAUGGGCAGUUUACUUUUUAUAAUUCAGACUCUUUUGAUUGUCAAGGUGUAUGGACUGUAGUUUUUAAUCAUACUGCCACAUGAUUAUGAGUCACUUUUUACAGUUUGAAAGUGGAGAAGAGACUCUUUAUGCUGGGAUAUAAGUCAGAACUGACUGCAUGAUUUGCUAAAACUCUAAAUGAGGAGAAAGGGCUGCAUAUGAAGACAUUGCUGGACUCCCAGCAUUUGUUUGUAAGGUUCAGAAGACUUCCAGAUUACUCAGCCUCAUGACCCUUUCCUUGUUAAUACAUUCUUCACAAAAGAAUGAAAUAUCAGGAGAAAAUAAAGACAUGCUAAUCCACGUGAAAAAUAUAAAAUUUAGCCAAUUAAUUUAUUAUAUGUGCUGCUGUUCUUGGAGCUCUGUGCAUGGUAGUCCUGCAGACUAAUACAUUAGUGAACUAAUGAAUUGUGCACAGCAUAUUAACAAGGCCUAAAAAAUGACCUACCUCUAGCUAAGAGACCAGUAGAGUAAAUAUGUUUUAGGGAGGUUGUCAUAAGUUAGGAAGUUAAAAUGUCGUGGUGUAGGUAAUUAACUGUGGUUUUUAGAAGUUCACACUUUUGUAAAUACAGUCCCUCUUCUGACAUAAACCAUAAAUACUAAAAUUGAAAAUGCAUUAAACAUGUAAAGCCAUCUGUCCCUGUCCAGUUUGUGAGUUUAGUGGGGAUCUUGCAAAACCAUAUGUUUAGUUUUAAGAGGAGCUACUGAUAUUUCCUCUUUCUUGGCUCUUGGUUAGCCAUAACAUUUUGAGUUUCAUCAGUCAAACCAGAAACAUUUCUGUAUAGUAAACAAUGCAUUGAGGGUCACUUUUUAGCUAGGUAAAGGGAUUUUACUGUAAGUUUCACUUAAGCUUUUUCACAUUAGCCAUGCUGCACAGAAGAAUGGAGUAGAGGGAGAUUUUGAGGAUAGUGUGAAAAAUGGAAAGUCAGCCAGGUCAAUCUUACUGUAAAUCUGUUGGUUUGAGUUUUUUCUCUCAAAAUAGUGUAAGAUGAAGUCUGUUGCUGAAUUCCUCAUUUACUGUGCUAUAGCAAACCCUUAUUUGACCAAUUUUUUUUUUCUUCGGGGUGGGUGUCAGAUAUGUUUUUAAACAGUAUUUAAAAAUAAAGAUCAUAUUUGCUGUUCUUAAAGUGUCAUUUAAAUGCAUGUAUUGUGUGUUGUUUGAGGGACAGAAAUAGGGUUUUUGAAAACUAAUUUUGUACAGUUACUGCCCCUCAAAAAUAUUGCUGGUUAAAAAUACAGUAUUUUUGGCCAUAACUUCGUACUAUAGUAUCUUUUUCCUUGAAAUUUAGCUUUUCUGAAACAUUAUUUGGGCUUAUUCUUCUCCCAUAAUGCUUAUUAUGAUAGAUGUUGGGUAGAUGUAUUAUUCCAUUAUUACUUCUUAAUUACACAUGCUCUGUCAUCAUUCUCUAAAUAUUAAAAUUUCCAGAAGAAUACAGUCAGAACAUUCAAAACAUGUAAGAUUUGUUACAGUGGAGAUGGCAUUAGUAGAAGGCGGGUUUUGAUUUGUUUACAAUGGAGACUUGGAAGCAUGAGGGGAAAGAAAUAAUAACCUGUAUCUCACUAAUGGAAAACUUUCAGAAUUUGUAAGUGGCAAGGUGAAUUUCUGAAGCAUUUUGCCUGUUUGCAGUAGGACUGCAAAAACAGACUUUCUUUGAUCUUUAUGUUCACCUGUGUCAUGAUAGAAAUCAUGGAAAGAUGCCUGCAUGUUGCUUUUCAUGUCUUGUAUCUGAUCAGCAGUCAGUGGAUCUCAAAUCUUCAUUAUUGAAGAAAUAGAAUUUCAGGUCAGUUGCAAAAAUUAGUUUGUUCUUUGUUAUGUGAUUGCAACAGUUUUAAGUAAGAUUGCUGAAGUCCAAACAGUUUGAGGACUUGAGUUAAUGGUUCCUGAUUUUAUUUUGCUGUUGCAGAGGCUAAAGGGGAGGGAUCAGUGAGGAAGGACUUUAUGUCUCAGUGAAGAUAAUGUCAACAAAAAAACAGUGUAAGUGGCGAUCUUUAGGUACGUGAAAUAGAUGUAGAAACUGUAUCUGUGUAAUAUAUUGUGUGUAGUUGUGAUAAAACUUUACAUCACAUACUAUGAUUUCAUCACCCGAUUGCCACCCGCUUUGUAGGAUACUGUUCCAAAACCCUGUGAGUUCCAGAGUACUUUUAGACUGCCAUAAAUUACACAGCUGCCAGCUCCUCAGGGAUGCAUCUGUUGUCAGUACCUGGUAUCAAGGCAAGUAAUCUCUUCUUAAAUCUCAUUACUACAGAAGGAAUUGGCCUCAAAGACCUUCUCAGUUCCCAGUUCUCAGGUGUACUGGGUUUUCCCUCUGAUUUAUGUCAGUCCUGCCACUUGUCCAGCCAAUAAACUGAAAAACUCCACUCAUAUUUGCUAUUGCUUGGCUCAUUUGGUCUAAUUUUCAAAGGUUUCAGCCGAUUCAGCUUUGUGUUAGGGAUGGAGAAGUACAAGAACUGAACUUUAAUCUCUCAGAAAAACAAAUAAAUAGUGCUUGUUUGUUUCCAGUAAGAUUCUAAAAAAGUGGGGAGAGGGAAGGAGGAAAUAAUCUUCUUUAGAUGUUUAAAAUGCCAUGUCACUAUGCAUGACAUUAAAGAUUUACUGUGUCUUUGUCCAAAGCACUCUUCCCUUCUCCAUGCACACUUGUCUUACCACACUGAUAAAUUGCUUGCUGCCAUUGAAAGGAAACAUUUUUACUGCUUUAUGUGUGUACACUCUGAAAUGUUUUCUGAUCCUUGUGAAUUAAAUGUAAAUUGUUCUGCUAAAAUUGAACAAUUGGUGAAGUAUAAUACAGCUGAAGAAGGCUGCACUUUUUGAUUUUUUGCUUGAUCUUAUGUUCCUUCUGCAGUUCUGAUUAUUUUUCUGUAUCUUUACCCUGUUUGCCAUAAAGAGGAGGUUGCUUGACACAUCAGAUUCAGUUCUGGUUAUCAUACUGAAUUGAUUAUACUGGCUGAAUUAAAGACAAAUUAUGAAUAACUUCAGAAAAUUCCUGUAAUCAGGAACAGAUCCAGUUAGCCUUGUAGACAUGCAUUUCAGAAAACAAAACUAACAUUAUAGUUGUGAUACAGUCAACUGAAGGAUAUAGUAAGCUGACAUGCACCAAACUGGGCCAGAGUGCCCAUCUUUAGGUUAAUUUGCGUUGCCAAUAGAGAACUGUGUUUGCCAAGAAAUUACUGAAAAUUUUAUCCUACAUUCCUGUAUGAGGUGGUUAAUGCAGUGAUCAGGCUGGCACUCAACUAAAGAGAGGCAUUAAUUGAAUGAUGAGUUCAGAUGGAUUCUUGCAGAGAUAAGUUACUGCAUAAGAUUAUAUGAUGCUAACAAAGAUGACUUGCAUGCAGUAAAUAGUUAAGAUGUACUUUUAUACAUCUAUUAUAAAGAGGAAUCACUCUCUCCCUAAAAAUUAAAUUCCAUUUAUCUCGAAGUAUCUGGAGUCUCUCAACAAAUGUCAGUUAACUGUGCACAAUUGUGACUAUUGUAUACUAGAGGUUAAUAAAUUUGUUAUCACAGGCUGUAGAAUAUUUGGUUUAUCCUAAUGCUGAUUUUGGAAUGGCAGAACAAUGUUUUGUAUCACUAUCUUGAUUGCUGCCUUUCUCAGCAUGUCUUGGAGAACAUUCACAGUUACUGAUAGGACCUGAUUUAUUUUACCUCAAGAAUUGACUGCCAUGUUAAUAUCCAUCAUUAAGGUUUUUCUUCAGGUACUUUAGAACAUCAGCAUUUUACCUGACAUUACUUGAAGUCAAACAAUGUGAGUGUAAUUGAGAGGCAAAAGGCCAGACAUAAACAUAAUCAAAUUGGAUACUUCCCUUGCAUAAUGAUCUUUCAACACAUAAAUCAGUAAUAUCACUACAAUAUGUCUUAGCAUUAGAAAAUAUUGUUGUGACUUGAGUAGCCUAGCGGAUGCCCUUUUUAAUUCUUCACUCUUCAGUCAUUCUGAUGGAAAUAUGAAAUAACAGUUGGAUUACAUUAGGCUACAAAACCAGAAGGUGGAUUUCUUUCCCUCACUCUCCACCACUGUAUGCCCUGAUUUGCUGUUUUAGAGAGCCAUAAGUGUGACCUUCAUUGAGUCUCCUGUUGCACAGCAAGCAAAAGUCAGGUCUCUGCCAGCAGAAAUUAAUGAAAUGGCAGACAAGUUUAGCUGCUGCAGACUUCAUUUCUGCAAUCUAUUCACACUAUUUUAGUCUUUGCCUUCAGUAAUUCUGUGCUAAAUACGUGUUAGUAGAGGGAAAAUAGAUCUGCUUAUCUGCUUGGAGGUCUUGGAGUAAAAAUUUUACUCCACUGAGAGCUGUGAAAAAGAAAGCUUCUUAGAGGAGGCUUCUGUUAGAGUUAGUCAUCUGAUACUUUCCAAUUCCCAAAAAUUUGCUCAUAUAAGAUCUGUAAGUAACAGAGGUAAAAGCAUUAGUGAGAAGUGUAUUGCCAUCACCAACAGCAGUCUGGAGCAGACUGACUCAGGCUGAUGUGGCAUUAUUUCAGAAUGGGAACAUAUGGAAAUUCCCACAUGGUACACUGCUGUUGCUGUGCCACCUGUGAAACCAGGGUCCCAAAGGGUGCAAAUUUUAUCAGAAAGGCUUGGUGUCUGAUGUGUCAGCAUUCAAAGCAAGAACUAUUCUGCUGUUCUUUACUAAAAUACAAUUUCUCUACCACAGAUACACCUUACCCACUUUCUGGUUUCCCCCUCUAUUUCUCAUUUUAAUUUAAAAAAAAAAAAAAAAACAAAACUUCCAAGGGAACCAGGAAGGCUAUCAAUGUCCUUUAGUCAAUAGUUUUCAGUAGUCUUUGAGCCCCCAACAUGGCAAUAGGUUUGUGAAUGUGAUCACUGGUUUUAAUUUUGAGCGUGUAAUUAAAGCAUCAAACCUGUAAUGUCUGGUGGGAUUCAAUAUGUAAAUAGCCCUUGUACUUAAGGAAGAUGCCUUUACUGAUACUGUAAAAGCUGGUUUCAAGUUCACAACUUCUCCAAUAGCUAGCAAAUAAGUAGUUGACAAUAGACUGCCAUUAAUAAUGUACUGAGAGCUACAGGGAGAAAAGCAGGACACUAGACUGUGAAGUAUCUACAUACUAGUUACUGAUGUGGGAGGGGUUUCUUUUUGUGGAUUACUAAUUACUAAUUCAGUAACUACUUAAUGCUUGGGCCAAAAGUACACUGAGAAAAUAGUAAUGUGGAAAUCAUCAUACCACUUCAUAAAAACUCUUUCAAAAAUACGAAAAAGUAAAAUCUGAGGCAUUUUCCCAAGAUUUUGAGUGUCAUUAAAACACAAUUUUAGAAUGUAUCUGUAAAACCAUAUACUAUCUAGCUGUAAGUGCAGGAGCUGUGACACUUAGGAAGUGGCAUAUAUAAAUAAAGAAUUUAACACAAGCUGAUACCAGGUUACAUCAUUUUACAUCUUUCAUCACAGACAGGUACAAACACUUGCAAGUCAUUUUUCUGUAUGUACAUGCACAUUUCUGUGGCAUAGCAAGCAUAUCAGGCAUUUUAUGUCUGAGAGUGCCAAAGUUUUACAUAUAAUGCUUACCUAUUUAAAGAAUUUCCAGAAAGGUAUUGUGAAACUGUUGUAAUUUCACAGGCUUUAAUGAAAAGUAGAAGUUGUAUUCUGUUUGUUGUUUUUAUUUUUCUUUAAAUUAAACAAGUUUAUUUUAAAAGUGUUUUUUACAGAAGUCUGAGUUUCUUCAUAUCUUAUAUCUUAAAUGCAGUGAUGGUUGUUCUAGGGGCUGAAGGAUAUCGGGUUUUCACAGACUCCAGUGAUGAUGAGAAAAUCCUGGAUGCUGCUAAAGUAGCAUGUGGUCAAGAGACCAGAAGUAUCUUGUGAAUGUCUGAAAACAGAAAUAGUUGGAACAUAUAUUUUUCUCAAAUCUUGCUGUAUAUGUCAUCAUUUAAAUCUCACCAUUUGGUAUAUUAAAAAUUUCAGAUGUUCUUCUCAA